GCCUAUUCACAGCGGGGAGAUGGGCGGCGACGACGAUGAUGAGCAUUGAUCCAUUGCUGGUGCGUGCUGGAGCGUAUGUAGCAAUGGCAGGAAUAAUCUCUGUCGAACGGGGUAUUUGAACCCCCCAUUGCCCGCUCGCCCUGCAAACCGCCGUACCUACCGAAGAAGCCAUUCCAAUUGCCAGAUCAAAAGCAACAACGAAACCAACAUGUCCACCGCCGCCGCCCUCUCCCUCGACGGAAAAUUCGCCAUCGUCACCGGUGCCUCGCGUGGAAUCGGCGCGGCAGUAGCCCACAACCUGGCCAGCAAGGGGUGUUCGCUGCUGCUAAACCACAGCUCUCCCACCUCUCUCGCGGCAAUAAAAGAAGUACACAGCAGCCUGGCACGCCAAUACCCAUCCGUGUCCGUCUCCAUCAUCUGUGCGGACCUUGGGAGCGUCAGCGGUCCCUCAUCCGUGAUCGCUGCCGCCGGCGGCCGUCAAAUCGACAUAAUCAUCAACAACUCUGGCACGUCAGGGAACCACUACCUUGGUGCGGUAACGGCCGACGAGUUCACGCGGCAGUACGACGUCAAUGUCCGUGGUCCGCUGCUGCUGGUGCAGGCGGCCGUGAACUCCCUGCCGAAGGACCGCUCAGGCAGGAUUGUGAAUGUUAGCAGCAUCAGCGCGAGUAUGGGACUCAUGGCGCAGAGCGUCUAUGGUGGUACCAAGGCCGCCCUGGAGGCUAUGACGAGGACGUGGGCGAGGGAGCUCGCCGAGAGGGCCACCGUUAAUGCUAUCAAUCCCGGGCCGGUCGAUACUAGGAUGUACGGGACGACAUCUCCCGAGUUCCACGACCAGAUGCGGCCGCUGCUGCAGCUGACGCCGCUGGCACAGCUGAGCGCGGCCGAGAAGGCGGGCGUUUACAAGGACCGGGUGGACCUGUACGCGGGGACUGGAGGGCGCUGGGGAACGCCCGAGGAGGUGGCGGGGAUUGUCGGCAUGCUUUGUAGUGCCGAUGCGCAGUACUGUACCGGCCAGGUUGUGUGUGCCAAUGGAGGGAUGGUCAUGCUCAGAUAGAUAGAGUGGGAGAGAUGGGAGAGGGUUGUGUGCGUCAAGCAUAUGUGUUCAUCAGCUAGAUUUCGUGAUGAGCUGGUAUAUAUACCUAAAACAGUGGGAGAAAGUAAAAAUACAAGCAAAAGUAAAAGGGUUAUCCACUCGAGCCAAGUAAGAAGGAGA